CCUUGAAAACGAUUCCGAACCGAUGGAGAUUCAAGCUUCGGCUGUCACCGCGGCAGCCGCGAACCUCCACGCGUUACGCCAACACGUAUUUAAGAUGUCGGACUAUUGGCAGCAGCCGCAACGCGGUCCGCCUCAACAUUCACCCGGGAUACAGCAUAGUCCCAUCUCGAAUUCGACGCAGCACCAGCAGCAAGUCCAGCAGAUGCACAGUCCGCUCGGACAGCAGCAGCAGCAGCAACAGCAGCAGCAGCAGCAACAGCAACAGCAGCAGCAGCAGCAACAACAACAGCAGCAGGCUGCGGUUUCGCAAGUGCAGCAGAACACGAACGCGACACUCGGCCAAACGGCAAGUCCUCAACAACAGAUGCAGCAGCAGCAACAGCAGCAUGCAUUGUCGAUGAGCCAGGCUAAUCAGGGCCCACAGCAUCAGUCUUCCCCGGCACCGACGACGCCGUCGCCACAGGCGGAUCAUCAGGGCGCCAUUGCCUCCAGUAUGGCCCAGAGUCUGCACAGUCUCGCCCAGGCACAACAAACGAUGUCGCAGGCAUCGAGUCCAUCGUUAGCGGUCCAGGCUGUUCAGGCGGCUCAGGCGCUCAAUCAGAAUCUGGGCCAGGCGCUAACACAAGCGCUCACGCAAAACAUGCAGCAAAAUCUCGGACAGACCCUACAGCAUAACUUAGCGCAGAGUUUGACGCCGAGUUUGUCGCCGCAACAACAACAGCAAUUGCUUAAUCAACCGCAAAAUCUAAGCCAAGCGAGUCAAAGCCUGCAACAGAACAUUCAAAGUCAAGCGCAGAAUUUGUCCCAGACGCUACAGCAGCAGGCGCAGAACCUCACGCAGAACCUUGGCCAGGCGCUUAACCAGCAAGCGUUGCAACAACAGGCGCAAAAUCUUACGCAGAAUCUACAACAAGCGCAAAAUCUCACCCAGAAUCUGCAACAGCAGGCGCUCAACAUGGCCGGCACCAUCGCGCAGAACGGUGGUCUCGCCGGUAUGAACAUGUCGGGCACUCAACAGCAGAAUUCACAGAACUCCAUGCUGAGUCCAGGCGCAACCAGUCAGGACUCCCAUGACGCCACCCUCACGGAGAAGCUCGUCAACGAGUUACAGUCUCGUGCCUCUGCGGCGGGGCUUGGAGGUGCAGUAGGUGCCGGCGGUGGUGGAGGAAUGGGCAACAUCAGCGAACGCACCCUCGAGGAAUGCUGGUCUACCCUGCAGCGAUUCUUCUCGCAGAUCUUCAUGCACAAGAGCGCGAUGCAGAUGCACGCGAGGGAGCUGGGCGCGGGUGCACUGACGGCGAGGCCCGGCGGCGGCGUCGCCGGUGGUCUGGCCGGUCUGGGUGUCGGUGUCGGCGUCGGCGUCGGACCAGGCGGCAUGAUCACCAGCAACGAAGUUAAGCCGCACCAGUGCCAGCAGUGCCUCAAGUCGUUCUCUAGCAACCAUCAACUCGUGCAACACAUCAGGGUCCACACCGGCGAGAAACCGUACAAGUGCAGCUACUGCGACCGCAGGUUCAAGCAGCUCAGCCACGUGCAGCAGCAUACACGACUACAUACGGGUGAACGACCGUACAAGUGCCAUUUACCGGACUGCGGGCGGGCCUUCAUCCAACUGUCGAAUUUGCAGCAACACCUGAGGAAUCACGACGCUCAGGUGGAGCGGGCGAAGAACCGGCCGUUCCACUGCAACAUCUGCGGCAAGGGUUUCGCCACGGAGUCCAGCCUCCGUACCCACACGUCGAAGGUCAGUCAUUGUUCGAAGUACCCAUGGCAACGAUUAAAGGAGUUGCAACAGCGUGUUGUGUUCCAGCAACACGCCGCCCUGAUCGGCGGCCCGAACGCAACCAGCUGUCCAGUAUGCCACAAGCUCUUCCUCGGCGGUGAGGCGUUGAUGGAGCAUAUGAAGCACACCCACAAGGAUCCGAACGCCUCCGGAGUUGCCAGUCUCCUGAGCCACAUGGAGCACAUGAGGAUGGACCCAAAACAUCAGUUCGCGGCGCAGUACGUGCUGAGCCGCGCGGCCGCCGAGAGGCGGGAAAGGGAGAUUCUCGCGAGUUCGAGUUUAGGAGCGGGUUUGGGUGUGUUGGGAGGAAGUCAAUCUGGAGGCCCGCAAAAUUUGCAACAACCACCAAUGUGCCCGUCACCGUCGGCCCAUUCGGAUAGCAGUAGCGGCAACGGAAGACUGUCGUCGGCCGGUAGUGAACCUGAUUUUUGCGCAGGCACCGGUCUACUGAAUAACAACAACAAUAAUAACAACAAUAAUAUGGCGUCGCCGGGACCGAGUGGCAACAAGCUCAGCGAGAUACUGCGAACGGGAAGUCAACCGGGUUCGGCACAGCAAUAUCACGAUGAGAUGCAGUCGCAGCAACAACGCAUGGCUGUCAUGGCCGCCGUGUCAGCGGGAUUGCAAAAUUCCGUAUCGCCUAAUCUCUCGCCGGUCGACAUGGCAUCGUUGGCGGCGGCUAUGAGAAUGGGCAAUAACGGUGAUAUGAGCGGUAGUACUCAAGGAUCGACGGGACCCCAACAACAAGGAGUUCAAGCGAGUGGACCGGAGCAAGCUUUGAGGAUGCAUCAGGCGGAAGCUCUGCUUCGUUCCCAAGCCGAAGCUGCCCUACGACUUGCGGUAUCUCAAGCGGCGGCAGCCGCAGCGAGUUCCGCGGUGGGCGGCGACGUGAGGCAUCAUUUGGGACAGCAUAAUGGAGGCAGCACCUCCGGUAUGCCGGGACACCAUACGAAUCAACAAAUGUCCCAACAAGAUACUCUAACGCCGGAUCUCGGAGAAGCGCUACGGCUACAAGAGCAGCGAUUAGAACAGGCUCUCAGGCUUCAUGGCGGCGAUCCGCGCGCCCUGAGUUUCACUCUGGCUCAACACGUCGUCAACCAACAAAGCAAUCAGCAACCAUGAAAAUUCAGUUACUACUGAGA